CCUAAUAUAAAUAUAUAUAAUAUAUAUAUGUGACAAACCAAGAACAAAAUGACAUAAGAGGCAUUUGUAGUUGACAUUAUUUGAAAAGUAACUUCUACAUAAUAUCACAAACACAAAAUCAUAAUAAUCAAUCCUAUCAAAUUUUCAUUCAAUUUUCAAUGUAUGAAACGAGAAAAAGAAACCAGUAACUACCACAAGUCUACCUUUGCAAUUUGCAGACUUUUAACUCAAGACCACUUGACUAGGACCAGAGAGUCAACGACCCACAUCACACGCUCUUUCUAGGUUUCACUUAGAAUCCAACUUGUUACAUUAAGCUCUUUAAAUUUAAGAGUUCCAAGGUAGAGUACUAGACUCAAGAGAGAGGAAGAUCAAAGAGAGAAUGGAUGAGAACAAUACCAGAACCAUUGUAGCAGCUCUGGUGAUUGUUUUCGUCUCCCUGGUUUUAAUGGAAGAACCUACAAGCAUUCCCUUAUGUAACAUCAACGCAAACACCUUGGAGAAGUGCCGUCCAGCAGUCACAGGAAACAACCCGCCGCUUCCAGGUGACGCAUGCUGCAUAGUCCUCCAAGCUGCUGAUCUCGAAUGUGUCUGCAAGUUCAAAUCUCAUAUUCCAAUUUUAGCGACCAAAUCACAUAAAGUCCAUGAUCUUCUGAGAAAAUGUGGCAUUAAAACAAUCCCUCCUGCAUGCCAAGAUAAAACCAAAGUAUCAUAGAUGUAUUUGAACCACUAGCUUAGUAGUACUGUAUCUGAAUAAUAAGCAAAGAAGGAAAGUUUUACAUUU